AUGUCGUCGGGGGCACAUUGGUCUCUAUGUCUCUUUUCUGGUCUGCCUUUGACAAUGAAGUUUACUUCUACCGUGCUUGCCUUGGUCGGCCUCGUUGCUGCCGCACCAACUCCCACUGAGGACGGUCACCUCGACGCCAGAGCUGUUGAGAAGAGAGCGUCGAUUACCGAUGCUGCCAACGUUGGCUAUGCCACGCAGAACGGCGGCACCACCGGGGGUACUGGUGGAACUACCACCACUGUGAGCACGCUUGCGCAAUUUACCGCUGCUGCCGGCUCGUCGUCCAAGGCCGUAGUGGUCAUAAGUGGUGCCAUCUCCGGCUCUGCCAAGGUCAAGGUUACAUCAAACAAGACCAUUAUUGGAAAGUCCGGAGCCAGCCUCACUGGAAUUGGCCUCAACAUCAACAAGCAAUCCAACGUCAUUGUCCGCAACCUCAAGAUAUCGAAGGUACUGGCGGACAACGGCGACGCCAUCACCAUCCAGGCUUCCAAGAACGUCUGGGUCGACCACGUCGACGUCUCGAGCGACCUGGACCACGACAAGGACUACUACGAUGGUCUUAUUGACGUCACUCACGCGUGUGACUACGUUACGAUAUCCAACACCUACCUCCACGACCAUUGGAAGGCCUCGCUCGUCGGUCACUCUGACAGCAACGGCAGCGAGGAUAAGGGACACUUGACCGUUACCUAUGCCAACAACUACUUCUCGAACAUUAACAGCCGUGGUCCAUCCUUCCGCUUUGGCACUGGUCACAUUUUCAACAACUACUACUACAACAUCAUUGGCACUGGCAUCAACACCCGCAUGGGUGCACAACUCCUCAUCGAGAGCAGUGUUUUCGAGAACUCCGCCACGAAGGCCAUCUUUAGCGACGACAGUGACGAGACCGGGUAUGCCGUUGUCAACGACGUCAACCUCGGCGGCAGCACCAACAGCGCCCCUGCCGGCUCCCUCAAGUCUGUCCCGUACUCAUACAGCAAGCUGGGCUCCGGCAAUGUCAAGGCUUCAGUCAAGGCUAGCGCUGGUGCUACGCUCUCUUUCUAG